AUGGAUACACUACUAAGACACGGGAGGAAGAUAGAGAUUGAACACGAAACCGUUCAUGAAUUAUCUCAAAUGUUGGAUCAACAUAAUAGUUUGGUCAAAUCCUUUAGAAUGGCAAGGGAUAAAUUCAAAGCACAACCAGAACCUACGUUUAGUUUACGACUCCUAAGUAGCAGGACAACAAAUGGUCGUCAAUACAAUAUGCCAACAUCAUCUGAAGUAGCAGGCUUAAUAGUUGGUGAUUUCAGUGAAGCGAACUUCGAACGAGACGUUAUUGUAGAGCACCGAACUAAAGGAAUUCAGAGAAUCACAGAUCUGCAUCCAAGUUUCAUGUCUAUGACGUACCCGUUAAUACACCCUUAUGGUGAAGAUGGAUAUAGACUUGACAUACCUUUGAGAGACGUAACUGAAAGCUCUUUCAAGAGGCAAAAGUUGACAAUGAGGCAACAUUAUUGCUUUAGGUUGCAACAAAGAUUAAAUGAGGGUCAUACUCUUCUUCGAUCUGAUUGCUCAAAAGUGGGGAAAUCAAUUAUUUUGCCUUCGUCACACACUGGGCGACCACGAUAUAGAGUACAAAAUUAUCAAGAUGCUAUGGCAAUUUGUAAAUGGGCAGGAUAUCCUGAUUUAUUUCUUACAUUCACUUGCAACCCAAAUUGGCCAAAAAUAAAUGACAUGCUCCAUUUAAUAGGCCAAAAAGAUGAUAACAAUUGGGUCUAUAUCAUGUGCAGAGUAUUUGAGAUAAAUCUAUUCCAACUAAUGCACGAUCUGAAAAAAGAACAACCGUUUGAAAAGAUAAUCACAUGUAUAUACACAAUUGAGUUCCAAAAAAGAGGACUGCAUCAUGCACACAUACUACUUUUCUUGCAUUCGACAUUGAAAAAUCCUUCAGCCGAUCAUAUUGAUAAUAUAAUAAGCGACCAAAUUCCAGACUUAAAUGUUGAUCCUGAUGGUUAUAAUGUCAUUAAUAAAUUUAUAAUUCAUGGACCUUGUGGAAAACUGAAUUCAAACUCUCCAUGUAUGAUGCAAGAUAGGAAUUUGAUUGUCAAAUUUGAUGCACAUAUUAAUGUCGAGGUUUGCAAUUACUCUAGAUCAGUCAAAUACCUUUUCAAAUAUGUUCAUAAAGGGCUUGACAGAACUAAUGCAACAAUACAGCCAGCAAUCGAAAGAUUACCUGGAGAGCACACAUUAAUAUUCGAAGAAAACAAAUGUGUUGAAAAUGUUGUUUACAUACCUGGAAUAGAAAAAACAAAGUUCACUCAGUGGUUGGAGGCAAACAAGAAUUAUGAUGAUGCACGAGAGCUAACUUAUUCAGAUUUCCCUAUAAGUUGGGUUUGGAAUUCAAAGGAGAAAACAUGGACUAGGAGAAAGAAUGGAUUGGCAAUUGGAAGAAUUUACUUCGCGCAUCCUUCUACUGGAGAACGCAUCUAUUUGAGAAUGUUGUUAAAUUUUGUCAAAGGAAGCACUUCUUAUGAAAGUAUUAGAACAAUAAAUGGGGUGACAUAUCCUAAUUUUAAAGGCGCAUGUUAUGCUGUGGGAUUGUUAGACGAUGAUAAAGAAUGGAUAGAUUUCUUGACUGAAGCUGCAAUAUGGGCAACUGGAAAAGAAUUAAGACAUCUUUUCGCCAUGAUACUCAUUCACUGCCAGGUUUUUGAUGCAUCACAACUUUGA